CCUGCUCAAAUGCCAAAAUACAAUAGUUUUUUAAUAUUUAAUUAAUUCAAGUAUGAUUGACAAUUAAAUAAAUUAUUAUAAAGUUAUUUUAUUAAUACACAGUAAAUAUUUAAAAUGUCACAUUCGUAUGAAAGUUAUGUACAUAAUUAUUCACAAAGUGCUGAAACACAAGAACAUAACAAGUACAAAAAAAAAUAUAAAAAAUUAACAAGAAUUGUUAAGGAUCUUGUUUUUGAAAAUGCUGCAUUGUGUGAUCAAGUUGCCCAGAUGCAAGAUAAUCUAGUCAUUGUAAAAGAAGAAAGAUUGUUUUUAUUACGAAAAUUAUGUCAAAUACAAGGAGAUCAAGAUUCAUCAAAUAAUUCUAAAAAUUUAUCAAAUAAUUCUAAAAAUUUACCAAACAAUUCUAAAAAUUCAUCAAAUGUUAAUCAAUCGAAUUCAAGUGUACCUAAUACUGAUGGUGUUGUUGUUGUGCCAAAAAAAAGAGCUAAAAAACGUUGUUCUUCAAUUGAUCCUUCUAGUAUUGGUGAAAUGAUUCCAAAACCCAAGACAAAAAGACCAGCAAAAACAACAAGGAAACUUGUUCAAGCAAUACCACUUGAUAUUAAUGGUAGACCAUUGUUUCCAAUAACACUUGGUGAUUUGACAGUUUAUUCAUUGGGUGAAGUUGUAUCAGACAGAGUACCAUAUCACAAUGAGGAUUUAAUUUUUCCAGUUGGUUUUUGUAGCACAAGAUUAUAUGCAAGUUUAAAAAAUCCACAUAUUAAAAGUCUUUACACUUGCAAGAUAAUUGAUGGUGGUCCAAGACCUAGAUUUGAAAUUGUAUCAGACAGUGAUCCAGAUCAACCUCUUGUUGGAUUUAGUCCUGAUGAGUGUCAUGUUAAAUUAUUAACAACAAUAUCACCACUGCUCUGUAACAUUCCCCCAAAAGGUGCACAAUUUUUUGGAAUAUUUCAUCCAACGAUACAAAAUCUUAUUCAAAGUUCACCGGGUACUCGAAAACUUGUACAUUACAAGAGUCAACGAUUUGAGGUAAUGAAAAAUCAAAUGAGUGAUCGUAACCCAAUACCAGAUGAUGAGCUAGAUCCUGGUAUAAAUUUUAUUGCACUUCACAAAACAUUUACAUUUCCUCUUCUCCAUGAAAUCAAAGAAGAGCCAAUCGAAUAAUUACAAAUUAAAUUUAUAAACAAUCAUUUUUAA